GUGGCCCAGAGUAAAGUCGAGGCUUGAUUGCAGCUCUCGCAGGAAUUGGUCUCCAUAACGCUAGGGUUACGCUCCAUACCCCUCGCGGAUUGUGGGUCUUACCCAUCACGCGCGCUGGCGAUGCCAAUUCUAAUCUCAUCCCAUCAGUUCCCACUCAAUUUCCUUGGGUUAUCCUCAAAUUUUCGUUUCAGUAGGUUUCGAUGUGCAUACGACGUUUGUUUCCGAUGAAAAGCUUUGAAGCGCAGGAAGCGGUCCCGGGAAUAUCCUUCAUCGCAUUAUAGCUCGUGACAAUUCAGUGUUAUACGUGAUUGGAUUAUGCCACUGUAUGUUGAUUAGCGGUCGUUAAGGUGAUUAAUGGACAUUGGGGCGGAAUGGCGUGGUUUGCGUGUAGUGGUGGAAGCAGAGGUUGUUGCGUCGUUGAAUUCUCCAGGUUCGGUUUAUGGCCCGGCUAGCGACGCGAGCUGAUCGUUUCGGGGGUUGUGUCGGUGGCGCUGGCAGGAUGGCGUCUCGAAGCGUGGGGUUAGAUUCAAUUUAUUUGUGGUGGAUUGUGUGGGUAGGGGUUUUGUUGUGUUUUGUGCCAGGGGUGGUGGUUGGAGAUUAUUUGCGUCCCGUGCUGAGGUUCAACAGCGAGGGUCAAUUCAAAAUCCUUCAGGUUGCUGACAUGCAUUUCGCGCAAGGUGCCCACUCGGCAUGUUACGAUGUGGCUUCGUCACAUCAUUGUUCUGACCUGAACACUACAUACUUCAUUGAGCGGCUACUGGCCGUGGAAAAGCCUGAUUUGGUUGUCUUUACUGGCGAUAAUAUCGACGGGUCUGCGACGGAUGCCAUGAAAUCAAUGGACCAAGCUUUUUCUCCAGUAAUAGCGGCCAAAAUUCCUUGGGCUGCAGUUUUAGGAAACCACGAUCAAGAAUCAAACCUACCACGGGCGAAAGUCAUGGAAUAUUUAACGAAGAUGGAACACUCCAUGUCCGAAAUGUUGAACCCAAGCAUGGAGAGUCUUUUAGGCAAGAGCGUUGAUCGAAGAGCACCAAUUGAGGUUCAUGGAUUUGGCAACUACUACCUGCAGGUGUUCGGUGGUCUAGACUCUGACUCUUCAAAUUCAAGCCUUCUCAACUUGUAUCUUUUUGACUCCGGGGACUACUCGAAGUUCAACACUGUUGGUGGAUACGACUGGGUUCGAGCCAGCCAGUUGCUUUGGUUUGAAACGCUUGCGGCAAAGCUCAAGUCUGAAUCCUUAGCAAACACCGUGUCCGGACAACAACCACCGCCACCCGUGACUCCAGCGCUGGCUUAUUUCCACAUUCCGACUCCUGAAUACAACGCAGCUUUUACGAGUCCGUCCAUGCUAGUGGGUGAGAAACAAGAAGCAACAUGCUCCGCAUCUGUGAACUCCGGACUGUUCACAUCCCUUGUUGAAUCUGGGGAUGUCAAAGCUACAUUUGUUGGUCACGAUCAUGUCAAUGACUACUGCGGCAAUCACCUUGGUAUACAUUUGUGUUAUGGUGGUGGCAUUGGCUACCAUACCUAUGGGAAGGCUGGAUGGGCUAGACGGGCAAGGAUAGUACAGGCUUCUCUUGGAAGGGGUCUGAAGGUUGGUUCAAAGGUCACUCGGGAGAUAACAACUUGGAAACGGCUGGAUGAUGAGGAUUUAAGUAUAUCUGAUAUACAAAUCCUGUACAAUGGUUAUGCGGGUGAAUGGUUUGCUGGGCCUUUCUUUGGCAGAAGUCUCCCUUUCAGAAGGGGAAUUCUCGGAGAUUGGAUGUCUAUUAUAACCCUUCUGUUGUUACUUACAGGCUUGUUUCUCGUAACCUUUUUGAUUAAUUAUUGGGUUCGGAAGUUUCAAAGUCGUAAAAGGACAUACUUUGCCUCCCGUGAAGGAGCAUCGUCUGUUGAAUCAAAUGAUAUUUAUGACUGACUUCCUCCACAAUACUGCUUCU